AUGGGUGAUAUUAAAGGGGAAACUGAUUCUCCAGCCAGUCUACAUGAAUAUGAAUCAAACAGCCCCGCGCCAAGUUUGAAAGGCGAAAAUGAGGAAUUUGACGAAUGGAGAUCCGGUGCUUCUAGUCCUCUACUAGGGACUGAGCCAUUACCUCUUGACGACCAAACGCAAUGUUCUUAUUGUCAUAAGGACUUCAGAAAGCCUCGUGUUCUCGAUUGCUUGCACUCUAUGUGUGAAGAUUGCAUUAUUGCACAGUUAGACGGAAAAAAAAAUGUUCCUAAUGAAAAUGAGAAAACUCCUAGAAACUCUACAGAUUGCGAAUUAGAGACGCCAAAAAUUGUCGAAAGACCCACUCCUCCAGGAGUUAUCAGAUGUCCCAUUUGCAUGCAGGAAUCACACGUCGGAAAUGAUGUUCGCCAUGUUUAUUCAAUGUUAUUAGAUUAUAUUCGUGUUAAUGGUAAUGAAGAAACUCGAGGAGAGAAGAGAUGUCGCACUUGUAAAAGCGAACAGCUGGCUGUUGCAUUUUGCAAACAAUGUCAAGCAGACUUGUGUUCAAACUGCCUUCAAGCUCAUGGAGUUAUGAGGAUGUUUGACCGACACGAGACUUUGAGCUAUGAUGAACUCGAAAAGUCAUUUGAAGAAAUAGAAACAGGAGCCGUUUGCUGCCCUGUUCAUCUGGUCCCUUUUCGUUUUUUGUGCACUACCUGUGAGGGCUUAGCAUGUAAAACUUGCUUAGGAAAUGAUCAUGUGAGACAUAAGGUCAUUGAUAUUAAUGAAAAAGUUGUGAAUGCAAUUCAAUAUGAAAUUAGAAACUUAGCUGGUCGGGUAGAUAAUAAGUUCCGAGAGUCAAUGAAUGAAUGGAGUGCUAUUCCUGACCGUGCCUCUACCCUGAAUAACCAAUUCGAAAUUGCCAAAGCUCGAGUCGAACAAACGUUUGAUGAGCAUAUGAGAGCUCUAGAAGAAGCAUGCGCAGCGAAGUUGAAUGAGUUGGAGGAUGCUAGGCAGAAACAAGAACACUGUAUCGAGGAUUUGUACAGAAAAAUGAACUUGACCGAGUCGAGAGUAAAUGACGCCUUAAGUUUCACUCAUCGUCUCUUAGAAAAAGCUACGGGCUUGGAGUUAUUAGCUAGUCGGAAAAAAGUCGUACAACAGUUGAACAACUUAUCGCAUACUAUGCCUGCAUUGGGUAUCCAGUCGGAAUUAGAGUUUCAACCGCCUCCAAAGAAAAAGGUAGAUGCAUACAUAGCUUUGUUGAGCGGAGUGGUUGUUGGAAGAAUGGUCACUGCCUCUGUUAAGGAACAAGUUCCUCAAGCUGCACCCGUUGUUCCAAUGGCGUCAUCCAUUGCUCCUGCCUCUGUGGCUGAUCAUCCGAGAGCUUCCCAAGAUAGUACUGAUUGGGGAAGGCCUCAGAGCAAUGGUCAAGCACCUAUGUACCUGGGAGCGAUAGGAACUGAAAGAAAGAAAACGAUGAGGAGUUCUUCUGACGCAUUCAUUGGUUGGCCCCCAUGUAGUAAUCCUCCGGAUUUGCAUGCACCUUCACCUACUAUGAAUGUUGCUCCUCUAAUUCAGAAAGAACUAUUGACUCCGAUCCCAUUACCUACAAGUAAUCGUUCAAACAAUAUGGGUGCUCCAUCUCCUUCAUUGAAUACCCAAUUUCAUUACAACAACUAUCAAUGGCCUUCCAGUUCUACGAAAUCCGCUGCAGUUGAUUUCAACAACGCACAACUGAGACAAAAGGUUGCGGCAUUGAUAAUGCAAUUGCCUAAUCAGAAUGGACCAUCUAACGUUCCAAGUAGUGUUAAUAACCUUCUUUUACAAAAUCGAGUGGUACUUGCAAGUUCUCAUGUUGAUCAGGUUCUUCUCAAUGGUUUGGGAAACCUUUCCAUGGGUAACAUAGCCUCAGAGGGUCCUGGAGUAGGUCUAAGAACUUCUCCGCAGGAAUCUGCUCGUGUAUCUGAACUGAAAAUCCAUAGUGUUUUCGGAACAAGUGCUCCUGGCUCCAGCAUACGAGAACUACAUUGUCCUUCUGGUUUCUGUCUUUCUGAAACUGAUGAUAUCUUGAUUGCUGACACCAACAACCAUCGUGUUACUGUUUGUGGACCACCUUGUCCGUGGAAAAUAGGAAGACCAGGAACAGGAGAUGGCAUGCUUUGCUUUCCGAAGAAAGUGGUAGCUCUGAAGGGAGAAAAAGCGCGUUAUGUUGUACUGGAUAAAGGAUCAGAUGGAAAAACAAGAGCUCAAAUUUUCGAUGGCAAGGGAGAAUUCUCAAAAGGAGUAAGCCUACCAGUUCUUGUAUCUCGAGAAGGAAUUGAUGUCAAUGCGGCAACUUGUGCUGCUAAUGGUCAUUUGAUCUUAGUUGAUACGGGUGGUUGUGUUUUCGAGAUAGAUAUCGAUAACGUUUGUGUUGUCCAUUGGUUCGAUGCGUCAGCUCAUUUGGGCGAGGCCAGUGAUGUAGCUUGGUAUGAAAAUAACAUCUACAUUACGGAUUUCAAACAUCAUUGUGUGCAGAUUUAUGACAGUAAAGGCAAAUUCUUGAAAAAACUAGGAGAACCUUCUCAAACACCAUACCCAAUAGGAAUCGAUAUAUCAAAGAAAGGAGAAAUUCUUGUUGCUGAUACUCACGGGAAUCAUCUUCACAUAGUCAUUUUCAAUACUGAUGGAACUAUAAUUCAGGCCUUCACUCAUCAGGAGUUCAGACUCUCGCGUUGUGUUGGUCUACGCGUGGCUGGAAGUGGCCAUGUAGUGACUCUGUGUAAGCAUAACCACACGCUGUUCGUGUUCAAACCUCUAUAUAUAAACCGCUAA